AUGCAGAACAGGAGUUUAUAGCUCUUGGCACAAGUGAUACUUCUAACUAAUAGUCAGGUGAGCGAUAAGGCCUGUGGGCCUCUUGUUUGAUAUAUUUUCUCUCUUUUAUACCGUUUUAUAUAGUGUCAAAACUUGUUUUAGAACACUUAAAGCAUCACAGCAGUCGGACAGCACACACACACACACACCAUUUAUAUAUAUAAAAAGAUUUAAAUUGAGAAAUGUGCAACCAUGGGCACAGCUAUUUCCCGUUUACCUAUAUGACAGGUUUUUGUUGUUUUGUUUUGUUUUGGGUUUGUUUUUGGGGUGUUUUUUUUGGUUUGUUUGUUUGUUUUUUGUUUGUUUUUUGUUUUUUGGUUUCUUUAUUGUUGUUUUUGUUUGUUUGUUGUUGAUUUUUUUUUUGCGCUAUGGUCAUUAUAGUCAUUAUUGUCAUUAUGACGUCACUUUGUUCUGUAAACAGCGAGAUCAAUCUUAAACUACAGCAUCUAAGUUUUAAAACUUCAUCAUAAAAUUCAUUCCGUGUAAAAUCUUCCAGCAGUCCCUGCGUGGUGUUGUAUCUCGAUCCGUGUGAUGAGUAUCUGUCAUUGUUUGUCUCUCUUCAAUGUACAGAUGGCGUUUGGAAUCAAUAUACUUAUUUUAUUUCAAAGUGAACUGUGAAAUUGACAAUCAUGUACAGAAAAUAUAUUAAUGGUUUGCUGUUUUUUGUCUACAUACUGGUCAUUGUGGGCGUACUUCAGCAUCUCCUAAUUACCCGGAAGUACAAAUGGCAGACCAAGCUUCUGACGGUAUGGGCUCGUUUUGCAAUGAACGAUUCUAUCUCACAUGAUAUAAAUUUAACUAACAUGACGUCAAGGGAGUUAAUGACGACCGUAUCCACCCACCAGGCAUCAUACACAAAAGUUGAACAUCUUAUAAAAACUAGUAUCAAACCGAAUUUACACACAGUCUCAAGUACACCAGUGAAGAAUUCCACGAUCAAAAAGAUUGAAUUAAAAACUUUAUCUGUGACUUCUCUUGAGAAGAAACCUAGAUUAUUUCUAUGCACAGGCAUUAUGGGUAGGCUAGGCAACCACUUGUUUGAGUUUGCCUCUGGAUAUGGCGUAGCCGCCAAGAAGAACAUGAUCUCAGUUAUUCGGCGGAAAGGUUCGGUAGACUCCGUGUUUGAGCUAAAAAAUGACAGUCAUCUUCUGCUUUCGUCUGACCGGAAGGAAUGUGAGCACGUACCGACGCGAUACGAGAGAUGGUGCAGUCGAUAUGAUCCGCAACUGGAGAAUUUCACCGUCAACUCCAACAUGUGGAUCGGAUGGGGUCUACAAUCGUGGAAAUAUUUCAAUGAUUCUUAUCAAAGUCUGCGAAAACAAAUGACGUUUAGGAAACACAUUCGUGAUAAAGCAACCCAAAUACAGGAUAGGACGUUUAAAAAAUUCAAUUUUACGUCACGGUCUGACGUCACAUUUGUUGGAAUUCAUAUUCGGAGAGGGGACAUGUUGACGGAUCCUCUGGGUUAUGACGUAGCUACCCCUGAAUAUAUUUCUCGUGCAGUGGCUUAUUUCAAAAAUUACACAAACACUAUUUUUAUAGUAUGUUCCUUGGAUUUAACUUGGUCUCAAAAACAUAUGCCAAAGAACGUGAGAGUUGAGUACAGCGUUGGAAACGCACGUGAUGUGGACUUGGCUCUUUUAGCCUCUUCUGACCACAUGAUUCAAACAGUCGGUACUUUUGGAUGGUGGGCUGGUUGGUUAAACAAUGGAAAAGUAAUUUAUUAUAAAUGGCCUGCAAAGGAGAAAGGAAGGUUACGAGGGACGUUUAGUUCGGAUUACUCGGAUUUUUUCAUGCCUCAUUGGAUUGGAAUGUAGUAAAGGCAUUCAUACAAUGCACGAGAUUCUGACGUAUAUCGGGUCAACAAAAUUAUAUAUAUUUAUACAUUACUCUUCCUUCAACUAGUUUUUAAGAAAAUAUUUUUAAAAAGAAUAUAUGCACAGAAUAUUAAUUAAUCGAUCCUCAAAUAGUGAAAAUAUAUACAUUAUGUUGUCUUAUUGCAAAAGAAUAUUACUACGUCUUGACCGUACAUAUAAGUACUUACAGAGUUUUCUAAUGAAUUGUAAACAUGAGUGUGAACUUGUUUGUGAAUGCGUGCGUCCUCGUGGGCCACCGGGCUAUCAUGAGAAAAUAUUAGGUACAUGAAUAUCCUAGACAUAUGUUUAUCCCAAAUAUUUAUAGUUUUUUUGACAUUUUCAUAAUGGAGCCGGUAUUGUGAUGAGAUUAGUAUUAAAGCAUUCAGCGGCUCGUCCGACAACACAUCAAUUAGGGUUACCAAUAGUUCCAUUGUCAUUUGUAUCAUAAGGACAAUGACUGUCAUUGUUGUUUACGGGCAACAGGUUUUGGUCCAUCGAUAAGAAUAUUGAUCUCGAUCUCUCUCUCGAUCUCUCUCUUUCUCUCUCGGUCUCUCUCACAUUACUAGGAAAGAUUUAAUUAUACUGUCAAUUCUGUUUAAUCAAGUACAAUAAGGUCAUGGAUAUAUCAAACUCAAGUAAUGUGUCAUCUCGUGAUUUUUAAUAAAGACAUUUCUCAAUGAAA